AGAUGGCUACCUUCGUAAGUAGAGCCUGUGGGAUUGUUCCUCAAUUUUUUAGUGUAUCCACCAAGAGGGUAGUGAUCUGCAGCUCUAGGGUGGAAAGUAAACGGCUUCUACACGUCGGAAGGUGUUUAUUAGCGGAACGAAAAUACACAAAGAAACAUGAAUGGAUCAGUGUAGACAAUGGAAUUGGAUCAAUAGGAGUAACAGACUAUGCCCAGAAAGAAUUAGGAGAAGUUGUUUAUGCUCAGCUUCCUGAGGUGGAAGAUACAUUUAAUAUAGGAGAUGAAAUUGGUGCAUUAGAAAGUGUCAAAGCUGCUGCAGAUAUUUACUCACCAGCAAAAGGUGAAGUUAGUGAGAUAAAUGGUGAACUGGAGAGUAACCCUGGUUUGGUGAAUGAAUCUCCCUAUGAUAAAGGCUGGCUGGUCAAAAUGAAAGUUGAAGAGUUGGCAGAUGACCUUCUGUCAGAAGAAGAAUAUAAUGACCUGGUCAAGAGUAUUGAUCAUUGAUUGUAAACAGAGAACAAUAAUUAUUUUUAUAAUAAUUAUUUAAAAUAUCUUUGUGAACUAGUUGUUUUGACCGAACAGUGCUCAAAACUGACACUAUUAUAAAACAUAUCCAAUUUUUAACAUAAACUAUUUAUAGAAGCAAAGCCAUUUCAAACAACUUGGUUUAAGUUUAGUUUGUA